AAGUCGUUACCAAGGAAACAGCUGAGAGGAGCAGAGAUUGAGCCUCCAAAUGUCUGUGAAACAUAUCCAAGACCAUUCAAAGCAGGAAAUAGCUGCAAGAAUCAUUCAGAGGGCCUGGAAAACUUUCCUUAAUGUUUCCGUAUACCAGCAUUUUAAAAGUCUGAUUGACUUAAGAAGACAAGGGGAGCCACGUCAGAUAGUGAGGUACAUUAACCCUAAAGAGGCACAGCUCCUAGAUGCUGCUGCAGGAGUCCAAGUCCGAUUCAGAUUGGGCGGGGUUAGAUUUCCACCUGAGAUAUACUAUAAAAUUUUUACUCACAGACAUAUUGAGGAUCUGUGUGCUAACAGCCCUAGAGAUUACACAAAGCUUCCAGCAAGAUACACAUCCCACAACAAAGAUGACCCACCCCAGGUGGAGGACAACAGCGGCUGGUAUCGCCGUGUAGAGAACAAUGGCUGGAGGCCUGUUUCCCACAGAUUUUGGAUGCCAUUUGAAAGUGAAGUGGUGGACAGCACAAAGGAAAGUGAAUUUCAUUUCUCUAAACUGAAGAGGAAGCAAGAUCUGGAGAGGAAAAGGAAAAUUAAAAAAAUUGAUUGGAUGAGGCAAAUGUACUACAUGGGAAGCCUGGAGGCCAAGGCAACAGACAAUGAGACUUUAGGUCUAAUUCACAAAGCAACAAAAGGCCUAAUCAAGAGUAUUGAAGAAGGUGGAGUGGAUUCUGUAAUGGAGUGGGAAGUAGAUGAAGUGCUGAACUGGACAAACACACUCAACUUUGAUGAGUAUAUGGCAAGUUGGAGAGAAACUGCCACAAGCAACUCUUCAGCUAACUUAAAAGAUAUCAAGCUUCAACGAAUACAGAAAAGCCUACAGAGCAACGACUAUGGAGAUGAGGCAAAGCAAGCAGAGGAGUCACUGUAUGAUGAUUCUACUUACUAUGAAAAUGCUUAUACAAAACAGUUCACUAGAUUAACACCCGAUUCCAUGUUCGGCAUGUAACCAGAAAGGAUUUCCUUUUCUGAGCAAUGGACCUUCAAGCCCACUUUUCCAGUGAAAGCCAAGAAACUACUUAUUCUGACUACAAUGACAUGUGUAUGUCUUACUUACUCUUAGUUAAGGGAUACUGAAGAAAUAUACCCUGGACAGUAUAUAGUUCCUCCUGGUAUUCUGAUAAACUGUAGUUGUUUGACAGUUAUAUUUAAAAUAAAGAUACGUUUUUUUGGCAU